AUGCACCGGGUAAGGCAGCAGAUCGCCCUCUUGCGCCACCGGCGCGCGGCCGCCCUCUGCCUCGCUCUCCUCCUGGCCGCCGCCACAGCCCCCACCGCGGCCGUUCCCCGAGCCCUGCACUGUUCCGAUCGGUUGCCGGAAAGCCACCACAUAUCGGCCGGCACUGCGGAGCCGGUGUCCACUGCCGGCACCCCGGCCCCGGCCCCGGGCCCGAGCCCGGCUCCGGACAGCAAUCCGACCUCCUUCAUUCCGGUGGGCGACCUGCUGUCCUCGUCCCUGCGUGACGCCUUCCUCCGGGCAUCGGACUGGCUCUAUCGGAGACGCACGGCGGGGCAUGGGUCCGGCACGACUGCCGCCUCCGCCCUCGGCCCGGGCCCAGCCCUCUUCCCGGAGGCCGAUGUCCGCCAACUGGAGGCCCUCCUCGUGGCCGGGGCACGCGGCGCUGGCGAUCCUGCCCUGGCCGGCCCGAAUGCCGACGCGUGGCGCCUGCUCGUCCACCGGCCGGAUCUCUUCCUCAGCCGGGUUCUGGGCACUCCCUGCCCGCGGACCGGUGAACCGACACACACGAUGGUUAAUCGCCUCCGGCGGUCGCUCGAGCUGUGGUUCCAGUCCGGGUCCAUCGAGUAUGCCGAGUCGCGUUUCGGCGAGGCGAUGUCCAUUUUUUCCAGCCCGGCCGCCUCGGCGGCGGCCCUCCUGGCCCUGCUCCGCCGGGUGGAGGGCCUGCCCCCCGUGGCGGGAUUCCAUCCGCGCCCCGGCUUGGACUCCACGCGUCAAGUGCUGGAUGCCAUCCAGACGGCCGGGGCCAUGCCGAGCCCCGGCCGUCGGCCUCCCGGCGCCCGGCGCACCCCCCCCGGUCCCGGGGUCUUGGCCGAAGACCCGCUCCAAGGGCUGCGUUGGCGCUUGGCCCGGAGCCUUCCGCUGCCGCUGGACUCGGCCCUGGGCUUCCGCCUGGUGGACCGGGCCCUGACAGCCGAGGCCCUGCGUGCCGGCUGGCUUGUGGACUUCGGCCACCGGACCGGCACUCUCGGAUGGCUGCUGCCCUUCCUGGCCGGGUCGCAGGAUGUGCCACGACUGGCCUAUCAUCCGAUGUUCCGCCGGCAUGGGGCCCAGCAUCUGCUGGCCGGGGAUGCCCGACCGCCGGCUCUCCCCUCGGAUCUGGAGUUCCUCUUCCGGCCGCUGAGCGUCCUGUCUUCGGACACCUCGCACAUGCCCCUGCGCGUGGCCCUGGCCGAGGCAUGCACCUGCCGACCGGAGCCGGGGUUGUCCCUGCUGGCGCGCAGUUCGGCCCCCGGCGACCGAGACCUCUAUGGGGCCUUGCUCCGGCAUCGGGCCUGGUGCGGCUCGACGGCGGCCUCACACCGGGCCGAGCUUCUGCCCGGGGUCGAGGACGUGCGGCGCCUCUUUUCCGGGCUCCUGCAGGAGCUUUCCUUCUCCACGCUGGACGAAGACCCGGCCGAUGGGGACUCGGAUGGGGCUGGGGCCGGCUCCGACGGCGGGGUUUCCUUCAUGAAGCGGCUGUUCGACGCCACGGCCGGCAGGUUCCUGCAAACCUCAUCGGAUGAUGAGUCGGUCGACGCGGCCACCCUCCUGCCCGGCACGCGACCGACCGUUCGGACCAUCCUCUUCGAGGCGCUGUCCUCGGAGUCGGCGCGCAUUGCGGGCCGAGGCGCCGGGUCGCGCGAUCCGACCCUCGACCCCCCGGAGGCUCCCGGGGCCCCGGCCAUCUAUCACCACUAUCCGGCGGAGUCCUUUGCCCCGGCCAUCGACGAUUGGGCCUUCCACGCGGUGUGGGCCCCGGAGGAUGGCCAGCCGACCGACGACCUGGCGGGCAUGGAGGGGCCCCUGGCCGGGGGGCUUGAUGCCCCGGUGGCCGAAGGCGGCCCUGAGCCCCUGGAAGAGGUGUCCAGCUCCCCGGACGACGCGCAGCUGGCCCUGGCCUCGGCGGCGGCCGGCCUGGCUCAGCAGCCGGACGCCGGGGAUGCCAUGUGGCAGUGGGAUUUCCUGGAUGCGGUGCGCGCAUUGCAUGUCCUGUCGCAUCUGUUCGACGCGGCUUCCUCCCCACUCGGGGCGGAUCCCUCCCAGUGGCCGGGCUCGACGGCAUCAUCUCCCGGGGUCGAUGCGCUGGCCAGUGGCAACGGCCACAACGAGGCUGCCGGCGGCGCCGUCCUGGGCAGCCCCUCGCAAGCCGAGGCAUAUGCCUUUCGGUUUGUGCGUGAUGGCGGCCUGCAGGUGGUUCGAUCGUUGCUGUUCGCCACGGCCGGGGCCCGGCGCGAGGCCGAGCGCGCGCACCUGGCCCAGCCGGGCCCGGAUGCCGGGCCCCUGGCCGAUGUGGAGCUCUACCGGAAUUGCGUGGCCCUGGAGACGGCGGUGGCGCGGCUGCUGGCCAACUUGUGCCUGCACCCGAGCGCCGCCCUGGCGGUGGCCGCCUCGCCGGGCUUCAUGAUGGUCCUGCGCCAGUGGCAUCGGGAGGCCACGGCGUCGAUUGCCUCGGCCGGCCCGGCCCCGGUGCCGGGGGACACUCCGCCGGCCGACACCCCGGCCGGGGCCGCGGCCGCCCGCGCGGCGCUCCUGCUGCGCAUCAAUGCCGAAACGCGCGGCCUGCACGCGCGCCGGGCCCUGGUGAACAUCGACCACCAUCUCCAUCGCCCGGCUGCCCUGUCGGCGGACCUGGAUGCCGAGGCCUAUGGCCCGAGGGACUCGGUGUCCGAGUCGGGCGGUCGUGGCCCGGACCGCCUGGCCGCCGCGGCCAUUGUCGCCUGGCUCCGGCGUGUUGGCCAGCGCUGGCGCUCGAAUGGGGCGGUGGCGCCGGUCGGCGAUGCCUCCGCCACGGCCGCCACGGCUCCCCCGGCGGAGGAGCACACCCUCCCGGCGGAUGGCCUGCUCUUGGACCGGGAUGCGGAGGUCCCCCUGCCGGGGGAUGCCGGCCCCUCGGCGGCCGGGCCGGCCGCCGUGGCGCCCCUGGCCCCGGGCUUUUCCGGCCAGCUGGCUCGCUUGCUCUCCGGGCUGACCGUGGAAUCUUCCCUGUCGGUGGAGGAGCGCCGGCUGGCCGCGGCGGUAGGGGGGUUCGCCUCGCGGGCCGCCAUCCCGCUGACCGGUGGCCACUCGGCCAAUGGGGUCCGGUCCCGGCAUGCGGAGUCGACCGCCCCCGGGCCGAUGUCCCGGCACAUGGGCAAUGGCCUGGCCGGGGGUCGCGCCAUCUCGGGCGCCUCCUCGGCGGGCAUCGCCCUGGGGUCGGGCCAGCCCGGGCCGCUGGUCGGUGGCCCGCACCCGGGGGCCCGGCGCCUGCGGCCCCUCUUUGCCGAUGGCGUCUUCGAGUGGACUCCCGGCCCGGGGUCACGCGCGGCGCGGGCCCUUCGAACCGGGCUCCUGCCGAGCGAGCUGGCCCUGAGCCCUGGCGGGGAGAAGCCCGGCCGGGCGCCCGGGGCCCGGCCGCGCCCCACACGCGAGGUCCUCACCUGCGACGUGGUGUUCGUGCAUGGGCUGCUCGGCAGCGUGGGGUGGACCUGGCGCGGGGGGGACCGCCGUGCGUCGGGCCCGGGCGCGGCCCCUGGCACCGGCACCUCGCCGGAGGUGUCCAGCUGGCCGUGCGCCUGGCUGAUCGAUGACCUGACGCAUGCGUGCAUCCGCCGGCAGAUGGACCACCGGUGCUUCCACGACGCGGCCGGGGCCGGAUGCCGGGCAGCCAGCCGGUGCCGGUGCUGCCAGCGGCGGCUGGCGGCCGCUGCCGAAGCCGACAGCCCCACCUCCGUCCUGGUCCCCGGGGCCCCGCUGCGCGGGCUAACCCCCGAGCAGCUGGACCAGUCCAGCCUGUCCUUCGCAUGGCGCGUGGGUGGGCAAUUUGGGGCGGCCCUCUUCCACGACAUGUAUGACCCGCUGUAUGCGGAGGUGGCGCUGCCGCUGGCCCCGGGGCCAGGGCUGCCGGAGCGGCCGCACGGCGCCGCAGCCCCCCCGGAGGCCGGUGCCCAGCUGCUGCCGGGCGGUGUUCUGCCGGAUGGGCGUCUGGCCACCCCUGCCGGGGGGCGCCCCUUCCCCGUCAUGUGCGACGGCCGGUAUGUGUAUCACUUUGGCGAGGGGGAUGUGCCGCUGGUGGCGGCCCGGGCGCCCGGGCCGGCCGGGCACGAGGACGCCCCAGCCGGCCGGGACCCCUCGCGGGCGCUGUCAGCCCGGCAGCGCCUGCUGGUGGCCCGCGCCGGUCCCCACGCCCAGCGGCACUGCCAUCCCCAGAGUUGCGCCCAGACCCUGGCUUGCUUGGCAUGCGGGGGCGUGUGGUCCGAGGAGCUGGUGGUCGAGCGGCCGCGGCUGAUCGCCGUUGGGUAUGAGACUUCGGUCAGCGGCCGGGCCCGGGCCGACCCCCUGUCGGUGCAGCUCCUCGGGGCCAUCCCGGAGGAGGAGCGCCAGUCGCCCCCGCAGGCACGGUCCCAGGCUCAGCCGCCGCAACGGCCGCAGCCGCAGCAGCCGCCGCAGCAGCAGCCGCAGCAGCAACCGCAGCAGCAGGCCGGUGGCGGCGCCGCGCACCCACUCGAUCCGAAUGCGGCCCUGGCCCCCGGGCGCGAGGCGGCGCUCGACGUGGAGGCGGCCACGGUGGCCGUCGAGGCGGCCAGCGGCGGCGACCCCAACGCCAAUGUCACCAGCCCGGAGCUGACGGUCGUCACGGCCAUCCUGAAUGCGGCGGGUGGCGGGGCGGAUCCUGCCCCGGCGGCGGCUGCGGCCGCGGCGGCCGUCGCCGCGGCCGCAGUGGCCACUGCCACCGCCAAUGUGGCGGGCUCUCCUGCGGCCGGGGCGACGUCUGUCCGGGGUGCCGGUGUCGCUGCCGCUCCUGCUACUGCUCCGGCAGUUGCUGCUGCUGCUGCUGCUGCUGCUGCUACGGCCGCCCCCCUGGACGAUGGCCAUUACAGCUGCCUGGAGGCCGCGGCGGCCGUCGAGUCGGACAUGGCCCCGGCGUCGGCCAAUCGCCCGGAGGCCGGUGGGGGCUCCCUGUUCCGCGACCUGCGCCAGGCCAUCGGGUCUUGGGAGGAUGCGCUGACCAGCCCGUGGUCGCGGUUUUUGCGAGGCCGCUCCGGCGCGGGCCACGUCGACGAUGUGCCCCCGCGGCCCGGGGGCGACCCGGCUGCCGGUGGCGCUGGCAUCUCGUCGGCCGGCGCAGCCGGUGACGCCCCGACCGCCUCCCAGCAGCAGGAGGCCGACGACGGGGCACACUGGCUGCAGGCCCGGGCCCGGAUGCUCCGGCGGAAGUUGGGCCUGGCUGGGGUCGGCGCCGGAGCCGGAGCCGGAGCCGGGGCCGGGCCCGGGCCCGGGUGGGCGGCCCCGCCGGAGGGCGGGCGCUCGGUGGUCUUCGUGGCACACUCCAUGGGCGGGCUCAUCGUCAAGGAGAUGUUGGCCCCGGCCGCGGAGGCGGAGGAGGAGGGCCACGACGCCGGGGCCCGGCCGCCGGCGGCCGACGCCCGGCCGACUGCCGGCGGUGAUGAUGGUGUCGGUGGGGAUGUGGCCAGCGCCGCGGGCCGGGGCGCGCGUGCGGCUGACCGGCCGCUGGAUGGCCUGGCCGCGCAGACGGUCGGCGUGGUGUUCCUGGCGACGCCGCACUUUGGGUCACACCAUGCGGCGUGGGCCUCGCGAUGGGCCCUCGGCCGGCGGAUCGCCAUGCCCAGCCGGGAUGUGGCCCUGCUGGCCUACGGGGCCGACCACCUGUCGCAGCUGAACGCCCGGUUCACCGAGCUGUAUGCCCUCCGACGCCAGGCAGCCGGGCUGUCCAGCCAUCCGGAGGCCCCGGGGCUGCAGCAUGUGCCCCUGCAGUCGGACCCGGUGCUGGCCGGGCCUUGCGAGGAGGCCGGCGGCCCGGCGGCGGGCGUGGCGGCCGGCGGGCGGCUGACUGCCGCCGGGGCGGCGCUCGCCCUGUCGGAGCGGGCGGACCUGCUGGGCUUGCCGGCGUCGGCCGAUCGCCGGGCCGCGGCGGCCUCCCUGGCGCAGAUGGUCGACCGGUUCUACCGGCGCCACGGGGCCGGCGGCAUGGAUGAGCCGGCCGGCGCCUCGGGCCCGGGGGUCCUGCGCCUGUCGGCGCGCUUGCGCCAGGCCGGACUCAGUGGCCUGCUGGCCCCGUCACCGGGGGACCAUCCGCCGGCCGGGGGCGAUCCCCAUGCCGGCCCGGGGUCCUCCUGGCCGGCACGCGCGCCCCUCCCCCCGCCACUGAUGGUCCUGAGCCUGAGCGAAACCCAGCCGCUGAUGCUGGAGUAUGUGGCCUCGCUGCUGCCGAUGAGCUCUCGCUGGCUGAUGGCCGUGACGGCGGACUCGGCCAAUCCCGGGAUCGGGUACUAUGCGGCCACCGCGCGGCCGACCCACCACAUUGACAUCUGCAAGCCGGAUUCGCGCGACGCCCCGGACGGCGUGUACCAGUCGAUCCUGGCCCUGGUCCGCGCGGCAGUGCCCGUAUACGCGGCGCAGCAGGUCGGCCUACGUGCGGACGGCCAGCCGGGCGGGGCCAGGUCGGAGCCAGCCGCCGCCGGCGGCCCGCCGGGGCCCGGCGCCGCCAGCACAAGCCCACCGCCAGGCGUCACCCCGGUGGCCGGGGCGCCUCCGGGCGGUGGUGACGCCGGGCCUGACGCGGGCCUCGGCGCGGCGUCGACCGCGUCACCCGGGGCCGCUCGGCGGUUCUUCCAGCGCCUUGGCUUCGGCGGCGGAAGUCGCCGCGAAUGA